AUGCCUGGAAUGGCUGACGCCGGGGGCAAUCGAGUCUUGAAUCGCUUCGAUUCCGCCAAAGAAUUUCGAGACUUCCUCAUUCAACAAAAUCGACUGAAGCAGAUGGACACAGAAGCUCCUGAAUUCGAAGCAGCUGAGAAGCGUGCCGCCAACACUCAGCUGGAGGAUGUCUCCCUCGAGAGCGACAUGGAGGACGACUUUGAGCUCAUUACCGUUGAGCAGGCCACCGAAGAGCCUGUUCUGAUCUCCCAUGAGGAGAUCGAGGAGGAUUUCGAGCAUAUCCUGCCCCUUUUUGAGUUCUCCAGCAAGCCUGUUGGUGCAGCCAACCAGACCAAAAGGGGGACUGAUGGGUUUCGUUCCGGUCGCACGUCUUUCCGCAAGUCUGAAGUUGCGAAGCACAAGAUCAACGAGACUGCCAAGCGCAGUGAAGCGGCUGCCAGAUCCAAGGGAUCGAAGGGAGAGAAAACGAAGCACGUACUGGACCAGGCCACGGAAAGACUGAGAGCGCAAGUUCCGCUUCCUGCUGAACAAAUACAGCGCAGGGCGAAAAGAUCCGCUCCAGCCUUGAAGAAUUCUUCCACUUCGACCUCUCAAGAACAAAGCACAACUGCUGGCAGCGGCAUGAAGCCGUUAUACGGCAAUCUUCCAAAGACUCUAGGCCUACAAAAUACCUCAGCCAUCUUUCACCCCUUCGUUGUAAAGCACAACAGGCCUGCAAUGUUUGAAGCGCUGCGCUCUCAAACUUCCAUGGGCGCGAGAUCGUAUCCCGAAGCACCACUACGAAAGGAUGAUCACGUUGCGCUCUUCUUGAAGCAGAGAUUCGCCACCUUCCAAGAGGACCGUAGCCGCGCUGAUAUAACCUACCAACGAUGUGUCGACGAGGAUGGCAGAGGCGUGACGUUCUGGCACCCUGGGGUUCCCGGGCGCAUCUGCGAUGACUGCCUGGAGACGCUUCGGAAGUUGGGGCUGAAGUUGCGUUAG